AUGAAGAUUCCAUUUGUGGAACCUGCCAUUUGCUUUAGUGUAUUUGCUAUGACUUUGAUUGCUCCACUGACAACACAAUAUGUGUACAGGAGAAUAUGGGAGGAAACAGGCAACUACAGCAUUGCACCCGAUAGCAAUGUUUCUGAGUGUGCAAAAAACAAAAGCAGCCCAAUUUUCACAUUCCAGGAGGAAGUUCAGAAAAAAGUGUCUCUUUUUAAUCUGCAGAUGGACAUAAGUGGGUUAAUUCCUGGUCUCGUGUCUACAUUCAUGCUUCUGUCUCAUAGUGACCACGGAGGACGAAAAUUCCCCUUGAUUUUGUCUUCUGCUGGUGCUCUUGCGAACAGUGCUUGGCUCUGUUUGCUUUCCUAUUUUGCCCUUCCAAUCCAGCUUUUGAUUGCAUCUACCUUUUUGGGUGCACUUUGUGGCAAUUACACCACACUUCUGGGAGCCUCUUUUGCCUACAUAGUUGAUCAAUGUAAAGAAAAGAAACAAAGAACAAUUCGAAUAGCUAUAAUUGACUUCCUGCUUGGAAUUGUCACUGGAUUGACAGGAUUGUCUUCUGGCUAUUUUAUUAGAGAACUAGGUUUUGUGUGGUCGUUUUUAAUUGCUACUAUGUCUCUUACUGUUAACUUGAUUUAUAUUUUAUUCUUUCUUGAGGAUUCGAUGAAAGAGCCUUCAUCUCAGAAUGUUUCUAUAUCAUGGACUGAAGGCUUUAAAAACUUAUUUUACCGAACUUACAUGCUUUUUAAAAAUAAUUCUGGUGAGCAACGGUCUUUGCUCUGUUUGUUGCUUUUUACAAUGAUCACUUAUUUUUUCGUGACAGUUGGCAUUUCCCCCAUUUUUAUCCUUUAUGAAUUGGAUUCACCACUCUGCUGGGAUGAAGUUUUAAUAGGUUAUGGAUCAGCUUUGGGUAGUGUCUCUUUUUUCAGCAGUUUCCUAGGAAUAUGGCUUUUUUCUUAUUGUAUGGAAGAUAUUCACAUGGCCUUCAUUGGAAUUUUUACCACCAUGGUAGGAAUGGCUAUGAUUGCUUUUGCCAGAACAACACUGAUGAUGUUUCUAGUCAGGCUGCCAUUCCUUUUCACUGUUGUGCCACUGUCUGUUCUACGGUCCAUGAUAUCAAAAGUGGUUCGUUCUACUGAACAAGGCACCAUGUUCGCUUGUCUCGCUUUCUUAGAAACACUUGGCGGAAUCACUGCAGUUUCUACUUUCAAUGGAAUUUAUUCAGCCACCGUUGCUUGGUACAAAGGCUUCGUCUUUCUGCUCUCCGCUGUUUUAUUACUAAUUCCAGCCAUCAGUCUAUGUGCUGUCAAGUGCAUCAACAGGAAUGCGGGAAGCUAUGUCCUUCUUAUACAAGAAGAAUCCAGUGAAGACACUUCAGACAGAUGAUCAAUUGUGAAUAAAAAAAA